AUGGCUGCAUGGUCAAUGUUGAUGUUUCUUGGUGAGGGUUGCUGUGUGGUUGUUGGGUGGAAUGGUAUGAUGUAUUUUGUGCAUUGUGGUAGGUCUAUUGUUGCUUGCUUGAUGGUUGGAGUUAUGGUUAUUGUAUUGGUUGGAUUGGUUGCUUCACAUGAGAUAUUUUCACAUGAGAGAAAAGAGAAAACAUUGGGAAUAAGGUACCCUGUAUGUUCAAUGGCAGCUAAAAGGCACAUAGCAUCCACUACAAGUAUCUUGGAUGUUAAUGGAGUAGGAAUGUCUAAUUUCUCAAUGCCAGCAAGACACCUCUUUAUGGAAAUUCAGAAGAUGGAUUGUAGUUACUAUCCUGAGACUCUUCAUAAGCUCUUUAUUAUCAAUGCUAGAUCUGGCUUCAAAAUGCUACGAAAAGCCGUUAAGACAUUCCUAGAUGUUCGCAUAGUAGCAAAAGUUCAAGUGUUAGGUUCUAAUUAUCUUAGUGUGUUACUUGAGGCUAUUGAUAUAAGUAAUUUGCUAAGUUUUUUGGGUGGUAAAUGCACAUGUUCUACUUAUGGAGGAUGCUUAAUGAGUGAUAGAAGUCCAUGGAAAAAUCAAGAUCUAGUAAAAAUGAUUAAGGUUUGGCAGUACUUGAAAAUGGCAUAUUUUUUAACUCUUUCAACAUCAAAAGGGUUGUGCUUUUACUUGGCAUGUAUGAAUAGUAGUUGAGAGAUAUAUAUCACUUAAUUUUGAAGGUAAUUUCUUUGAGAGAAGAGACGGAUAGUAAAAAUGAUUCAAAUAAUAGUGAUGUGGCUUAGUAUGGAGUAUGGAGUAUGAAAAUAAUGAUGUGGUUUCUCACAUGUGCCUCUCUUUGUUGAAAAUCAAGACAUUGAUCCUGGUUAGGAUUCUAAGGAGUUCAUCCUUUUAGAUUAAUUUAUUCUUUCAUUCUUUUUUUUUUCUUGGCUUUCUUACCGCUAUAAAACUUACAGUGAGUGGGUGCUGUU